GCAGUUAUUCAUCAAAACCUUGUGGAUUAAUUUUUUUUCUCCUUAUUUCAGGUAAAUGUUACUAACUUGAAAUUUCAACUGGGACAUGUGGACAUAUUUUCAUUUUUCUAAAGAUGAGUUUGCAGUUUCUGGAACAACCCUACAUGCAGGGCUCAUCCCCUGACUCGGGAUCAGAACCAUAAACCCUCACUGCCACACAGACAGGACAGAGCACUUCCACGGUGGAGCCGGACAGCCUUCUGUCCAACGACCCAGCCUGAAGCACGGAGACGGACAGACGGACAGACAGUCUGAUGCCAACUGUCUCACCUGUCAAUCUCUCGGCACCACUGCUCCUCCUGCUGCUGCUGCUGCUGCUAUGCAGCACCCACACCACCAUGGCAACCAACUGGCUCUCCCUGGCGAGGCUGCCUCGCUCCAGAGCCGUGUCUGGUGCCGCUCCAUGUGCCCGGCUGAGGGGGCUGACCCCGGGGCAGGUGGGGGUGUGCAGGGCAAGAGGGGAGGUCAUGGAGUCCGUACGCAAAGCAGCAGAAAUGGUCAUAGAAGAGUGUCAGCAUCAGUUCAGGAAUCGCCGCUGGAACUGCUCCACCACGCCACGUGGGAUCAACGUGUUCGGAAGAGUCAUGAAUCAAGGCACUCGUGAGGCAGCGUUUGUGCACGCUCUGUCUUCAGCAGCAGUGGCGGUGGCCGUGACCCGAGCCUGCACCCGUGGGGAGCUGGAGAGGUGUGGCUGCGACAGGAAGGUCAGAGGUGUCAGCCCUGAAGGCUUCCAGUGGUCAGGGUGCAGUGACAACCUGUCCUAUGGCGUGGCGUUUUCUCAAACCUUUGUGGAUGAACCUGAGCGGGCCAAAGGGCUGUCAGCGGGACGCCCACUCAUGAACCUCCACAACAAUGAGGCCGGUCGAAAGGCCAUCCUGCACAACAUGCAGGUAGAGUGUAAAUGUCACGGUGUCUCUGGCUCCUGUGAGUUAAAAACCUGCUGGAAAGUCAUGCCCCCAUUCAGACGUGUUGGCGUUGUACUCAAGGAACGCUUUGAUGGAGCCACAGAGGUCCGAUUGACUCGUAUUGGGUCCAGGCCAGCAUUGCUCCCUCGUGACCCCUACGUCAAACCCCCUGCUGCCAGAGACCUUGUGUAUGUGGCACCCUCCCCAGAUUUCUGCCACCUUGACCCAGAUAACGGCAUCCCAGGGACUGCUGGUAGAAGAUGCAACGGAACGUCCCGGCUGGCUCCAGAUGGCUGUGAGCUGGUGUGCUGUGGGCCCGGCUACAGAGCGGGCCGGGCCGAGGUGGUGCAGCGCUGCUCCUGCAAGUUUUCCUGGUGCUGCUCAGUCCGCUGCCAGCAGUGCAAGAAUACAGUCACCAUUCACACCUGCAGAGUUUGAAACGGCUCAAACAAAAGCAGACUGAAGUCAAUUAAAGACCCAAAUAAUCCAGCAGAGAGACAACAGCUUUCACACCAGACAGCAUUCCUAAUAACAGUCCCAUUUCAGAUAAUUGUCUGAAACUUCUGGCACUUCUAAUUUGAAAGCUGCAGCAAACAAAUCUUUAAUUAUGAGAGUUUUGUGGAACAACAUUGUUCUCCUCUUCCAAAACUGCAAAGGAGGACAGAUUCACCACAGCAACCUAAACCUUCACCUGACAACGCUUUUAAAGCUGAAAUUAACUAAAACUAACAGAAACACUGCAGCGGUGUUUUUCAUGCCUAUACAUCAUGUCUUACACUAGCAGGUCUUUGAACGUGUUCUGUAUUUAUGUUUCCUUUUUGGUUCCUGAUUUAUUUAUUUGUUACAGUUGUGUUCAAAGUAACUGCAGUCUAAGAACACUAACCAGAUCAAACAAUCGUUUUGGUCAAGAUUGUAUUUCUAUGUAGUAGCAGCUGUAGCACAGUAACAAAAACCAAACAGAGCCCACAGUCGAGACGUGUCGUUUACCGGUUCUGUGUAAUUAAUUGUAAUGGACAUGUUCAAAAUAAAACAUGGUCAUGGAGCUUUCCUGUAAAAUCUGAGUGAAACACAGUCAGAAGAACAGCAUGGUGUGAAUAGAAAUUUGAUUUA